UUCGCUCGUGUUCAGUUCCAAUAGUAUGGCGCUUGUGUGUAAGAUGAUUUUGUGAAAUUUUAUAUCAUAAUAUCUAGAGACAGAUUACAUGUGCUUAGUGCGUCGUGCGUAAAGUGGUGCGCAGAGAAAACGUACGGAAGUGCCGACAUAAAACGUGGAACAAAAGGAGCGUGUAACUAGCGCGCUGAACACGCUGUUAAUGGUUCUUAAUGUAAACGUAAUUUUAUUAAGUUAAAAGAAAGCAAAGAUGUCACGUUCAAAGUCAGAAAAAAAUGGGAAUGGUAGCAAAUGCGAGUUGAGUAUUUGGACACGUGCAAUUACAGCGAAUUCAGAAUGGCCAGAUAAAGAAGAAUUUCUCGACGUUGUUUAUUGGGCUAGACAAGCGAUAGGCAUUAUUGUUGGUGUAGGAUGGGGUCUCAUACCUUUGAAAGGUUUUAUAGCUCUAUUAUUAUUUGUACUAGUCAAUGCAGGCGUUAUGUAUCUAUAUUUUAACAGUUUUCAACAAAUAGAUGAAGAAGAAUAUGGCGGUAUAUGGGAGUUAACUAAGGAAGGAUUUAUGACUUCAUUUGCUGGCUUUUUGGUAACGUGGAUUAUCAUAUAUUCAGGACUACAUUUCGACUGAUUUAGGAAUAAAAAGUGGUAACACUUGGACUGAAAAUCGAAUUAAUUUGUAAGUGUAAAAUCACUUACUACAAUCGCUAAUGGAAAGUGCUCUAUAUUCGCAUAUGCUUGACUUUAUAAGCACUGGUCUAUGUCAAAGCAAACAUUUUCUAUAUAAAACGCUGAUAUAUAUUAACGGCGUGUCUACGAAAGAAAAGAAAGGUAUCAUUUUAGAAAAUAUACAAAAUAAUAUCUUCUUGCAAUUUGUUACCCAUAGAUAAUACUUGUUAUACAAGAAUGAAUUAUGUAUAUACAAGCCUUUUUAUCAUAUUAAAUAACUAUAUUGAA